GGAGCGGCCGCUGCCCGCGCGCGGGAAGGGGCGGGGCCGGAAGCGGAAGCGCUGCUCGGGGCUGGCGGCGGCGGCGCGGAGAUGAACCUGGAGCGUGUGUCCAAUGAGGACAAGCUGGAGCUGUGCCGCAAGUACUACCUGGGGGGCUUUGCGUUGCUGCCCUUCCUGUGGCUGGUGAACGUAGUCUGGUUCUUCCGCGAGGCCUUCGUGGCCCCCCCCUAUGGGGAGCAGCCGCUCAUACGCCGCUACGUGCGCCGCUCCGCGCUGGGGCUGGGGCUCUGGGGCGUGGGGCUGGGCGCCUGGGUCGGGGUGUUCCAAACGCAGCGCGCCCAGUGGGGGCCGUGGGGGGACUACCUGGCCUUCACCCUGCCCCUCGGCACCCCCUGACCCCCCCCCCGAGCGGGGAUCCCCCCCCGGGAUCAAGGGAUCCCCCCUCGGCAUCGGGGGAUCCCCCCUUUGGGACGCGGGAUCCCCCCUUCGGAACGUGCCCCCCCCCCCCCGCCGUUGGAACGUGGUACCUCCCGCUACGGAGAGUGGCGCCGCCUGCUUGGAGAGCGCGACCCCCCCCAUGGAGAGAGUGGAGCGGUGACGUCGUGUGACGUCACAUAGAGGACACGACACCCCCCUCAAUCCCCCCCCUUUUAAUGCGGGUUUGGAGCGUUCCCCCCGGCCCGCUCUGCCCCAUUCAUUAAAGCCGCUGUGGCUCCGCCCA